AUGGAUGUUUACUCCACUAUCAAGUUUGUUAAACGCGAUAAAAGCAAUGAGAAUGAGAAGUUAUUCCAGCUCAUGUACUUGGACCACGACGGGAAUGACCAAUCCAAUACCCCUUUCACUAGUGCUGAGACAUUAGUCCAUGACAUCCGGCCGAAGAAGUCAUCCCUCUCAUUCGAUAAAGAAGGCUUCGUCGUCCUUGAUCUCGAUUCCCAGAUGCAACCCGAAGAUUUUUAUGACCGGAACAAGGUUAAAACUAUUUUUGGGACUCAACUUCGGGAUGCACUGAAAAAGUUAACAGGAGCCCGAUGCGUCUACUUUCAUGAGACUGUGAUUAGAGAGCGAGGGGCUGCAUUUAAUUCUUCAGACGAUGGUCUAAUGAUGAAAGCUAAUAAUUCCCCAUACGAACAGCCUGUCCAAGUUGCUCACGUUGAUUACACUGCCGACCAGCUGCGAUAUAUUGUCCAGGAACUCACUGGCGAAGAACUGGAUGAUGAUAUCCAUCUCCAAGCUUUCAAUGUGUGGAAACCACUUCGGGGGCCAUUGAAAGACUGGCCCCUUGCCUGCUGUGAUGCAAGCACUGCCGACUUGGAGACGGAUUUCCACAAGAUGGAUUCUGUUUUUGCCGAUGGAUUUAUCGAAGGCUACAUUAUGGGGUAUAGCGCGAACCAAAAAUGGUGCUAUUUGUCAGACCAGACUCCGAACGAAUUGCUCGUCUUUAACAUUGCAGACUCGCAUAACACUUUCCGCCCGGUCCCCCACUGUGCAUUUUUCAAUCCCAAUUGCCCCGAAGAUGAGGAGAGAAGACAGAGUAUUGAGUUCCGAUGCAUCGCGGUCUACUAG